GCGCGACAAGGCAGCGGCCGCUAUAGCGGAAAAUGGCGGAGACCGUUCGCUCGCUGUUCGACUACCGGGAACCUCCGACGCUGGACAGCGAUGGGGAGAGCAGCAAGCCGCCGCCGCCUCGGGGACGUGGUUGUGGUAGGAAACGAAAAGGGACACCUGUAAAGGUCUGUGAUAGAGUCUUUGCAGCAGAAGACGAUGAAGAGAGCACAUCGGAGCACAGCUAUGGACCAGGUGAAGGUGAAGAGGGAAAGGAGAACAAACACAGACCUGCUGCAGAGGGGUCAUACUACUCUGAGUCGGCCCAACCCUGUUCUGGUGACAUGGGGGAGGAGGGCUCCAGUAACGAGAGGGGGGCGGUUCUCUUUCCCCCUCCUCCGAACUGCCGCAUUCGAGAAGUGCACUGUGGCAAUCAAGUGCGGCUGGUCGUCAUAGCAAUCCGCGACAUCACUAAGGGCGAGGAGAUCACUGUGGACUACAGUUUGACAGAGUGGGGGGAAAACGCCAUGAGUUUCCGUGGAACAGUGCCUCCUGCUGGGUUUGAAUGUCCCUCCGACCAUGAAAACAACAUUAAGAAGGAGGAUGAGUCUGGCUCAGUUCCCCUGUCAGAUUACCUGACCCCGUCCUGGUCCCUGUCUCCCUCCUCGUCCCCUGUUUCUCACUCUGAGCCCAGUGACUCCGAUCACGAGUCUGAUGAUGCAGGCACAGAGAUGCGCGGUCGGACGCCUCGUGGCCGCAAAAAACACAAACCUCUCUCAUGUCCUGCGGGAAACGCCAACAGCAAACGAAAAACACCUCACCGGCCCCCGGGGCGACCCCCAUCCAUGCCCCGCUCACUCCCCUCCACCCCACCACAGCCUGCUGCCCCGUCCAGACCAGUGUUCAAGUGCCCCGCGCCAGCCGGGGUGGCAGGCAGCGCUGUCCGAGUUGGAGCAGGUAGGGGCGUAAGUGCCAUGGUACAGAGACAGUGCUGCGUGUACUGUGGACGGCAUUACCGCUCCCUCCCCCGGCACCUGGACAAACACCAUGCCCACCAGCCCGAUGUCCGGGUGGCCAUGGAGAGGGCACACAACUCCGCUCACCUGCCGCACCUGCAUGCCUCCCUGCCUUCAUCCUCCUCUUCCUCCUCCGUGCAAAUUCGCUGCCACAGAGAUGCCCCUGGGCAAGGGGUUGUCAUGGCGACACAGCAGUCACUGCCCCUGGCUUCUGCUUCUCCAGCCAGGAGGAACCCUGCUCUCUCAAGCCCCUCCCGCAAAAGUCCUGCCCCUCUGCCAACGACUCCGCCUAAGAGGGGAGGAGUCCCGGUUUCUGUGCUGAAGCGGAGUCCGCCCACCCCCGUGACUACUCCCAGGAAAGUGGGACGUAAAGUGAAGAAGGAGAAAGAAGAGAUAGAAGUGGUGGAGAAGACGAAAGAGGAGGAGGUUCCUGUAGCUGUGUUUGUGGAGCCGGUGAAGGAGGCAGGACCAGAGCAUCCAAAGGCAGAGGAGGAAGAGAUUGCAGUGAGAGAGGACGACAGCGGAGCUGAGGACAAGAGCGACCUGUCCAGUUCCCGGCGGCCCCAUAUGCUUCCUCUCCUCUCCUCUCUCUCUUCUCUGGUCUUGUACCUGCGGCGUCUCCAGCAUUCUGCCUUCAUCUCCCUCUCGCGUUCGCCCCAGUCUGCCGAAGCCUGGCGUCUCCUCUGCCAUUCCAGCCUCGCUCUCCUGAUCCUCUACAACCGCCGCCGCGAGUGCGAGGUCUCCAAGCUCACCAUCUCUGAGUACCAGGCUCGGGUCACGGCCCAGUGCCCUGUGCCGCUGCUCCCUGGGGCCCCGCCAACCCUAACCCCGCUCGAGGCCUCCCUAUCCCCCUUUGAGCGGCUCGUGCUCCCCCACCUGCCACGUGUGGGUGUUCAGGGCAAACGUGGUCGUGUGCAGCCCCUCAUCCUUCCCCCGCACUCUGAAGCCUGCCUGGAGCUCCUUCUCCAGACACGGCCAGGAGUCGGCGUGGACCCCCAGAACCCCUAUGUGUUUGCCAGGCCAUACCAUUCCCCUGCCACCCCUCUGAGGGGCACAGAUCUGCUGCGUAGUCUGGCGAAGUCGAGUGGUACUCGCCACCCGCGAGCGCUAACACAGACACGCGUCCGCAGGCAGGUCGCCAUUCUGACCCAGCUGCUGCUACUGAGUGAAGGAGAGGAAGAGGGGCAACGUGGAGCUGCUACGCAGCGAUUGGAGAACUUCCUGCAGAAGGAGUACCAUGUGACACAGAGCUGUGCUACCAUUGGUCAGGAUCCUGGGCUGAUGGGGCUUAUUGGUCGAGUGGUCCUUUGUGGGGAGAGAGAUGGUGUUCUGUUCCGAGGAAUGAGCCUUCAUCAUAUCUGCCUGGAGUUGGAUGUGAUGUCAGGAAACUCUGCAGACUCCCUGUCUGAGGAAUCGGAAGGAGAGGCCGGCAAAGAGAAGCCUGAAUCAGCUGCCAUCAUGAUUAAAAAGACCUCCACCAACAGCAAGCCCCCGCGUCCCAAGAAGAUGAAUGCCUCUCACUUCUCCCCAAGUCGCAAGAGGGGCUCAGGACAACCCAAACCAGGCAAGCGAGGAGUUUUGAAGCGGCCUUGGUCUGAAGCGGAGCGCGCCGCUGUAGAGUCCCACCUGGUGCGGAACAUUAUGGAGCUGCGGGUCCCUGCUAAAGCCGACUGUGAGCGCUGCCUGGAACAGUGCCCCCUGCUGGUCACCAACCGCCGUGACUGGAGAGCUAUUAAGUUCUACUGCCACAACCGCAUCCAGCUGCUCAAAAAAACACAGCAGCGACAGAGCCCGCCCACCCUUUCUGUCUGCUGAGAUGGCCAAUGAAGAGCCUGGUAGGGAAGGUGUGGAGUAGGUAGAGAAUGAUUGGUAGGAUAUUUACCAGAUUAAAGCUGUAAAUCUGAAGAAAUUAAAGUGUAACCAGUUCUGUGUACAAUCAGCCAACUUUUUUGUUUGUUGCCAAAGUAUGGUUUUGACAUAAAGCACAUUGAUGGAAAUUACCUUUCAAAAUUAGAUUAUUAUUAUUAAUUUGUUGGGAUGAGUGGGUUUUUUUGGUUGUCUU